UGAAAAACCUAUUCAACUACCAUCACAAGAGGAAAUAGCUCAUGAGCAAGCAUCGAAGCAUUCAUCUACGCUUACCAAUACAUCAACAUGGACUAUGCAGUCUAUUCCUUCUUAUCACCCUAGCGUUCUUGACCACGUCCAAUAUCAAUGUUCAAGCCAGGGCGCUGCACACUUCAUCGUUAUCAGACCUACAAAUGAUCACUUCAUGGGAACCUUCGGACCCAGACCGAUUUCACCCACAUACAGGAUCGUUGCUUGCUCCUCUUAUGAUCCCUCGAGUCUCUGGAACUGUUAAUAAUACUCUUGUCCAAAACUUUAUAUUGGAUUAUUUUGCAAAAUUGAAUUCUUCAAGCCUUGCUGGCGACAUUUUUGAUCUACAAGACAGUCAUCCAGAUGAAUCUAAAAGGAACCAAAUGAAAAAACGAUAUAAAAGCGAAUUAUUUCAACGUGCGGAAGGAACACCUGGAACAGGAUGGCAUGUAGAGAUUGAUCGUUUCACAGACUCCACUCCCUAUGGUCCAAAGACUUUCACAAACCUCAUCUUCACAAAAAACCCAAAAGCUGAGAAUCGCCUUGUCUUUGCGGCUCAUUAUGACUCCAAGUAUUUCCCUCCUCCACUUGAACCAGGAAUGACUUUAAAUGGAGGCGAGGACACUCUUCCAUUCGUAGCUGCUACAGACUCGGCCGCACCUUGUGCCAUCCUUCUAGAUCUCGCAGCGAGUUUAGAUAGAGCUCUUGAUCAACCCGGAAGAGAUGAUAAGGAAACAACAUUGCAAAUUAUAUUCUUUGAUGGUGAAGAAGCCUUUGCAGAAUGGACACAAAAAGAUUCACUUUAUGGAUCUAGGCAUCUAGCUGAAAAAUGGGCCCAACAGAUUGUACCUCGCACUAGGACUGCCACUGGAAGAAAUGGUGGAUCCUCAUCCAACAAUCUGGAUGGCAUUGAGCUCUUCAUCUUACUUGAUUUACUAGGAUCAGAAUCCCCAACUGUCCCUUCAUAUUUUGGAGCCACCCAUUGGGCUCACCGUCAUACUCUUUCAAUCGAGCAGCGACUUUGGGAAGCCAAAUUGCAUGGAGGACAAUUUUUGGCCAGACGAAAGAGUGGAUACAAAAGAGCCGAUGUCAACGACGACGAGGAUGACCUUGAGGGUGACGAACCAAUGAGUGGAUUUUUGACCGAGAAUGCACCAUGGCAAGGCAUUGAUGAUGAUCACCGCCCAUUUCUUGAAAGAGGUGUGCCCAUCUUUCAUGUCAUCCCUAUACCUUUCCCGGCUGCAUGGCAUCAGUUGGGGGAUAAUGCCGACAUCAUCUCUCCAGAGGUUGUUGAGGGUUGGGCCAACAUCUUCCGUACCUUUACAGUGGAAUAUCUUCAAUUACUUAAGCCUGUUGCACGUCGUCGAGAUGAACUUUGAUAUUAUAAACAAAAUAAUAGAAUGCAAUUAAACUCAUAUUAUAGUGCA